AUGGAGGCGCCUUCGCUGGAUAGGGCAGAGGUAAGCCCUGCAGCAGCAGCAGCAGCACCAGCACCAGAAGCACCACGCCCCAUUUCCGCUGCCGCUCAAGGUACACCAAGGGCCUCGGAUGCAGAGACUGUUCAAAGAAGCAGCAGCAGCAAACAAGCUGAAGCAGCAGAUAGCCGCAAACGUGGGGGGCCCUCAGCUGCUGCAGACGAGCGGGUUGCGGUGCGCCGGCGUCGCAACUCAGCAGCAGCGGCAGCAAAACCAGCAGCAGAAACUCCAGCAACAGCAGCAGCAACAGCAUCAGACACUGCAUUAUACGCUGCUGUAGCAGCAAUAGCAACAGACGCUGCAGAAGCAGCAACAACAAACGCUGCAACAGAAGCAGCAACAGACUCUGCAGCAGCAACAGCAACAGACGCUGCAGCAGCAACAGCAUCACACGCUGCAGCGGCAGCACCAACAGACAUUGCUGUUAGGCGAAGCCCCGCUCAGUCUCCGCAAGCGCAUAGGCUUGAGCCUAGUGCUGCUGCUCCUGCAGCAAGAGCCAGAGCAGCAAGAGCAGAUCCAAACAGCCCCUCUCAGCCAACUGGCAGCCGCAGCAGCAACAGCAGCAGCAACACCAGAAGCGAUGGCAGCAGCAGCAGCAACAGCAGCAACACCGGCAGCAGCAAAAGCACCGACCGUCCUGUGGAUGUGGCUGUAGCCUCCAGGCCCACCAGUCCUUGUGUUCGUGAGGCAGCAUCGCAGCAGCAGCAGCAGCAGCAACUUCCAGAGGCAGAAGGAGGCUCUGACACCUUUUACUCUGCCCCUCAAACUCCACGAGUGGCUCCAGCUGAGGCUACCUCAGCUGCAACGCCUGCUGCUGCGGCUGCUGCUACGUCUGCUGCUGCAGCUUCUGCGGGUGCUUCUCCUGCUGCUGCUUCUGGGCCUGCUGCUGGUGCUUCUGCUGCUGCUGCUGCACGGGUUGUGGAUGGCGCUGCUUCCGGUUCCACCGAAGAAGCAGCAACAACGGAUGCAGCAGCACCCGAAGCAGCAGUAAGAGCUACAGCGCCAGCAGCAGACGAUGCCCUUCGCUUGACUGUGGACCCCUCAGGCUCUGUGCCCAGCCAGCUGCAACCAGCAGCAACAGCAGCAGCAGCAGCAGCAGCGUGUGGAGGGUGGCUAAACUCUCAGCCCUUUCCCUUCUCUCUCUUCGAUACACAACUCGACCAGCAGCAGCAGCAACAGCAGCAGCAACAGCAACACCAGCAGCAGCUACACCCGUUUUAUUGUCAGAACUUCGCGGGGAAUGCCUCAUCUCCGCCUCAAGCAGCAGCAGCAACAGCAGCAGCUGCUGCUGCCGCUGCCGUUGCAGACGGUCCCCCUGACUUGCCGUGGGACAGCAGCAGCAGCAGUUGCUGCUGCAGCAACAACUCCAGCAGCAGCACCAGAUACACGCUAAGCGGCUCCAUUGCUGCGUUGCUGGCUCAUUACGCCGGCUGCGACCCAAAGGCCAACAGAAUUGAGGACGCGCUGCUGCUGGUGCUGCGGCUGGAGAGUCUGCAGCAGCAGCAGCAACAACAACAACAACAGCAGCAGCAGACGCAAACAAAACAAGUAGAUGACUUGCUGCAAUGGAGGUUUGUGCUGCUUCAGGUCGGAGGCAACUUCGCGAAGUACCUAAGUGUUCUCCUGGCAGAGGGAGACGAGCUGGUGCUGCAGCAAGCUUUUGUAUUGCCACUAUCUCCCGCUGUUUGGGCGUAUAAAUCCCUCCAAAGAAAAGCAAUAGAAAUCUGCGGGCCUGGGGGCCCCCCAUUGGUUGGUCAAGCUCCUGGUGCGGCUGCUCAGCAGCAGCAGCAGCAGCAACAACAGCAGCAGCAGCAACAACAGCAGCAGGGCCUGCCUGAGUGGCUGCAGGAGGGACUGCUCUGCACCACGAGUCUUUUCGUCCUUGUUGACGAUGCCCCUGAGGCAGCGGUGCACGUGAGGCCUCCUGGAGUCAGCAGGGGUUUGCUGCUGAAUGGAUUCUGCUUCCGCUUAGCCUGCGAUGUCUUAAGCCCACCGCAGUGGGUGCAGCAGCGGCUGCCUCGCGCGCUGCUGCAGCACCUAAUGCCGCAGUUGCAGCAGCAGCAGCAACAGCAGCAGCAGCAGCAAGAAGCGGAUUCAGAAGAGCCGGCUGCCCUAGCUGCAGCUGGCGAACACACGCAGCAGAUGCAGCAGCAGCAGCAGCAGCAAAGGUUGAGGGCAGCAAGACAGCAUGUUUAUACGCCUCUUUCGCACAUACAAAAGAGUGAUGUAGUAGAUGUCUACUGCGUCUACUGGGAAAUGCGGAGAGCGCCUCAAGAAACCGACACGGUGUGCUACAUGAACGUUCGGGUUGUAGACGAUUCUCUUCCCGUGCCUCUCGAGCGCCACAAGGCAGCUGAAUUCAGCCUACAGCUGCACUUCAAAGAGGGAGGGGGAGGCCGGUUCUUUGUCUUCACUUCACGCUACACUGCGGACUUGAGGACCCUCUACCGCAGAGGGGAGGGAGCGUUUGGCGAUGUUGUUGUCCGGGUCGUAAAGGCCUGCUACGGACCAGCCCUCAGUGCCUCAUCGCCCCCGUCAAGCAGCAGCAGCAGCACGGCGUGCUGCUGCAGCUACUGGCUGCUGGUGGAAGACGCUUCGUGGGUGGGGGGUGGGGUUGCAGUAGUUUCUGUCUCCUCUUUGCUGCUGCAACACUUAGCCUGCUGCGGAGACAGCGCGCUGCAGCAGGGAGAAUGGCUAAGACUGCGCAAUGUCUCCUUCUUAAGACAAGAUUUAAACGACAGCAACGGGGGCCUCUUGGCUGCUCUGGGGUGGACCUCCCCCGACAGGGCUCAGCUCACUCGGCUACCCCUUUGGUGUGCUGACGUGGUAGAGCGGCGCGCCCUCCUCAGAGAAUCCAAACGCAAGUUGCAGCAAUUCCGGCAGCAGCAGCAGCAGCAGCAGCACCUUUUGCAGCAGCAGCAGCAACACCAACAGCAGCAUCUGCAGCAGCAACAGCAGCAAGAGCAGCAGAACCUGCUGCAGCAGCAACACACGGAUGACCUGAUGGAUGAGGUUUUUGUGGACACGAUGCAGUCGAAUCAGCAGCAGCAGCAGCAGCAGCAAGAGCAGCAAUUGCUGCAGCAGCAACACGGACAGCAUCAGCAACAACAAAUUUUUCAAAGCUCAUGUGGAGCUGGUGGUAACGGGCCUAAUCAUCAUCAGGAGCAGAAGCAACAGCUGCUGCAGGAAGAACAACAACAACGGCAGCUGCAGCAGCAGCUGCAGCAGCAACUACAGCAGCCACAAGGAGCUUCUCUCUCGUUGUGCUUUGCUUUUGCAGCUCCGCAGCAUUAUCGGGGGGUUGGGGCGCAGCAGGCUACGCAGGAGCCCGGCUUCACUGUGCUGCUGGAGGGAGUUGGCUUUUGGGGCUUUGGGGAGGCGGAAGGCCUCAAUGCCUCAGACCCCUGCACAUGGCUUGCUGCUGCAUGCGUUGCGUGCUGCACUCCAGCACAACGUAUCUUCAGCAGUAGCAGCAACACGGGCUGCUGCAAAACUUGCGGGCAUGAAGACCUCGUGCUGAGCUACGAUUUGCCGUUGCUGAUGCGGGAUGAGGCGGAGGCGGUGGUGUCUGUCCACCUUAGAGACCCCCACGGCUGCAUGUUCUCCAUCAUCAGCGACGGUGGCAUCGCGCCUCCCGCCUCGCUGCUGCGGCCUGAGGUGCGGGUGUUGCUACUGUCUCUCUUUAAAGGCCUUGCCUACCCUUAUCAGCUGCAAACGCUGCCUACACACCCCAGCGCGCUUCCUGCAGAUGACUCCGGCAGCAGCAGCACCAUACAGGGAAGGCGGCAUUCAGUGCUGCUGCGCUUAGUCAGGCAGCAGCAAACAGGAGAGCCACAGUGGGUGCUUGUGGAGCCCUGUCUCCUUAGCUACUCUAUAGAGUCUAUGCAGUGUACAGACAGCUGCAGUAAAGGGCCUUAA